ACUUGAACUUGGGUUUGUACUUCAUGGGCUUAAGCUUGCACCUCAUAAACUUAAACUAGCUUAUGGACUUGAACUAUCUUACAGGCCUAGAUUUGCACUUCAUAGUUUUGCAUUUCAUAAGUUUACAUUUUAUAGAUUUGCACUUUGUAAGCUUGUAUUUUAUGAGCAUGCACUUAGGCUUGGUCUUGUAUUUCAUGAGUUUUUUCAUAUUCAUUAUGCGAAGAAUAUUUAUUUAGAAUUUUGUUGA